AAGAGUUUAUUCCUUUUGACCCAAGUAUCUGCUCACAUCAUACUCUUCUUUCUCUGCGAUUCGAUUUCGAUCCCCAAACAGAUUUCGAAACCCUAGCGAGCUCUCUCAUUCUUCGAUCAUGGAGAUCACAACGAAUUCCACCGAGCCGAAAAUCUACCAGCUCAUGGUAACGCUGUUGGAGAGGAAAACCCUAAUCUUGAGGUACGCAACCCCAAACGUCCUCGCCAAUGAUAUCAAGCACCGUCUCUAUGAAAUCACAAGAAUUCCGACAAGUCUCCAGCGAUUGAUCACCGGAACGAGCCAACUCCGAGACGAUUCCGUGAUCUCCAGCGACGGCGGGCACUUUCCGGCGGUGUUUCUGACGCUGCGGUUGCGCGGCGGGAAGGGAGGGUUCGGGUCGCUGCUUAGGGGCGCGGGGUCGAAGGCGUGGCAGAAGAAGACGAGCAACUUCGACGCCUGUCGUGACAUGAGUGGGCGGAGGCUACGCCAUGUCAACGCGGAGAAGAAGCUUGAGGAGUGGAAGGCCGCGGAGGAGGAGCGGCGGCUGGAGAAGAAGGCGGAGGAGUUUCUGAAGAAGUUGGCGAAGAAGGGGAAGAAGGGCGUUGGGGAUGGUGUGGCCGAGAAGUACGUCGCCAAGUAUAGGGAGGAGUCUGAACGCUGCGUUUCAGAGGUCCUGGAUUCGGUUAAGGAGGCCGUGGAGGGGAAGCGCAAGGCGGGGUCGGCAAGCAAUGUUGCUGAGGCUAAGCGGUUGAAGAUAUGGAUGGGAAAGCGAACAUUGGCUGAAAGUGAUGGUGAUGAUUCGGAUGAGGAACAGGAGAAUGAGAAAUCCACUAUAUUGAAUAAUGGCAAUCAUUCAGAUUAUAGCAAGGAUGCUGAGGGAAGUUCAGGUUCUGUUACUGGUGGGAAACAAGAUGGGGAACUUUCAAAUGGCUCCUCCGAGAGUGGCUCUGAGGAAGAAAAAGAGAAUGUUGUGCUAGGAAGCAAGGAUUGUUGUGAACUUCCAAUUCAAGAUUCUCUUUUGGAGGAGCAGAGUGAUGUUUCGGAACCACUGGCUCACGGCGAGAAGAUAGCUCAGGCUACAACUGUACCCUGCUCAGAUGAAGUUGUACAAGAGGAAAAGAUGAACUGUGAUGAGACUGUCGUGGAAAAUGUUUCUACUUCAAGCUGCAGGGAUGGGGUUGAAAGCACAGUAUUGGUUUCUGAUUCCCCUUCGUCAGAAUCUGGUCUAGGAGUUCAUGAAGAAGCAGAUUCAAGUAAAAAUGUUGCAGAAACAGAAACAGAAACUCCACUGGACUUUGAUCGAUUCAAUUCUGCAGUUGAACUAGAGGUUCUUGGCUUGGAAAGGUUAAAGUCCGAACUUCAGGCUCGUGGGUUAAAGUGUGGAGGCACUUUGCAGGAGCGCGCUGCCAGGCUUUUCCUGCUAAAAUCUACCCCUUUGGAUAAGAUUCCUAAGAAGUUGCUUGCUAAAAAGUAAGUGUGUAAUCUCGGUUUCGUUUGUACUAGGUUGCGAAGCAAUCAAUUUUACUCCCAAGUGGUUUACUAGUGACUGGAAAUGUGUAUAUUUGGAGCUCUGCUCCGCUCAUUUCUAACUAAUCUUUUCUUGAUAUGUUACCUUAUCGCAUAGAAUACUAUUAUGCUAAUAAAGAGAUUUUCUUUCUAUAGAAAAGGUUUGUAUAAA